AUGUGGACGACAGUGCGGCGCGGGUCAGCCUGGCUGGGGACACUGCACUGCGCGGAGGUGCGGAGACGCAAGCCGAGAGGCGGUGCGGCGCGUGCGCACAAGGGCGCCGCGGGAAGUUGGAAAUACUCAGGCCGGGCAGCUGGUCCCGCGGACCGCGGGCGCAUGGGAUCCGCGACAGUCCUGGCGCGGCGGCUGCGGGCGGCGCUGCGGGAGGAGGAGUUGCGGGCCGUGGAGGAGCUGCUGCGCCGUGGUGCUGACCCUAACUUGGUGCUCGAGGAUGGUGCGGCGGCCAUCCACCUAGCGGCCAGAGCCCAGCACCCGCGGAGUCUGAGUUGCCUCGAGGCCCUGCUGCGCCGAGGCGGGGACCCCAACGCUCGAUCGGCGGAGGAGCUGACGCCGCUGCACGUGGCCGCUGCCUGGGGCUGUCGCCGCGGCCUGGAGCUGCUGCUGAGCCAGGGAGCGGACCCCGCGCUGCGCGACCAGGACGGACUCCGGCCUCUGGACCUGGCUGAGCUGCAGGGGCACCAGAAUUGUGCGCGUGUCCUGCGGGAGCUGGAGACUCGGACCAGGACCCCUACUCCGACCCGGGCAGACCCCCAGGAGCCAGAACCAUCACCUGCUCCAGGCUCAGGCUCCUGGGGAAAGGGGCUGGAUACCAGCCCCUCUGGAACUCCCAAUGUGACGCUGGACUCCACAACACCUGACAGAGGAGAUGGCAAGGACAUGAGCCUGAAGGCUGGCCUUGGACCCCCCAGCCUCCUCGGUCACCCUGCGACUGCUGGCACACAUGACAGCUUGGAGUCCCCCCGAGGGCACUGGGACUGCAGCUCAGUGGCCUCCUUUGUCACCGCGGUUGAGGCCUCUGGAGCUGAGGACCCAACCGGCCACACUUCCUCCUGCGCUGAUGUCCAACCCUCCCAGGGGGUGCCAAGAUCUUCAGGUGCCCCACCGCAGGAACAUCGAGCCCUCGUGGAAGGCAGGGAGGCAGAACUAAGUGCCCGUAUGCAGGCCCUGACUCUGACCUUGCCAGAUGACUCCCACUCCCCCAAGUUCUUCCCAGACAGGAGCCCAACCCAUAAUCCCCCUUUGGAACCACUGCCUGAACCCUCUGACUUCCACAUCUCCAAAGACGACCAGUUGUCCCUCGACGGUGACGUGGCCGCCCUCUGGCUGACAGAGGAUGAGGCGAGCCCCACAGGUGGCAGGGACUCCGUCUCCUCUUGCCAGUGCCCUCCAGACUCCACCAUGUCUGACCGGGAGCUGCUGCAAGAGCUCCUGGCACUUGGCAAGAGCCCUGGCCCCGUCACGUCCCUCACCCGACCAUACUACCUCCGACGGCUGAAAGAAGCCCAGGCUGCCCCUGGCCCAGAAUUUUCAGGGCACAGCCCAGAGCUGGCCGAAGCCCUGCGGACGGGCCAUAUCCCAGACGCCCAGGCUGAUGAGGAUGCACUUGCCAAGCAGUUUGAGCGGCCAGAUCCCACCAGACGGUGGCGGGAGGGGGUCAUGAAGUCCAGCUUCACGUAUCUCCUGCUGGACCCCAGGAAGACUCAGGACCUGCCAGCCCAAGCCUUCUCACUGACCCUCGCUGAAUGCCUUCGGAUUUUUGUGAAUGCCAUCUUCUACGUGGGCAAGGGAACACGGGCCCGACCAGAUGUCCACCUCUGGGAGGCCCUUAGCCACCGAAGGCGACCAGGAAAACAGGCCUGCCCCAAGGUGCGCCGGAUCUUAGACAUUUGGGCCAGUGGUCGCGGUGUUGUCUCCCUGCAUUGCUUCCAGCAUGUGGUCCCUGUGGAGGCUUAUACACGAGAAGCAUGUCUUGUAGAUGCUCUAGGGAUCCAGACGCUAACCAACCAGAAGCAAGGACACUGCUAUGGAGUGGUGGCUAGCUGGCCACCGACACGGCGCCGCCGCUUGGGGGUGCAUCUGCUGCACCGCGCCCUCCUUGUCUUCCUGGCUGAGGGGGACACGGGUUCGAUCCCUGGCCCAGGAAGAUCCCACAUGCUUCAGAGCAACUAA